AUUAAUUAAAAACAGAGAAUAGACAGAGAGGAAAGUAACCAGAGUUAAUAUUUAGAGAGCAGAGGAAGUCACUCCGUCCCAUAUUUGAAAGCUUCGGAGGGAAGCGAGCAGGAACGCUCUCACCUUCACAAAAAAGCAACCUUUUUUGUUCGUUUCUUGAUUGAUUGAUUGAUUGAUUUCUUGCUAUCAUGGAAGGCGUUGCAGCCGGCGGGAUCGCCGGAGAUAUAUCCGGAGGCGCGGAAGCGAAGCACUCCUCUACGUCUUCUACUCCCUCGCCAACCCCCUCGCCGCCGCUGCCGACGGCGGCAUUUUACCAUGCAGGAGCUCACGGGAUGGAGGCGGCGACUGAGGCGCCCGGCAUGGCCACGGGAAUGAUGGGCGGGGUGGUCGGCGCUGACCCCGGAGACCUUUUCCGGGGAAAGAAGAGAGGCAGGCCGAAGAAGUUCGGGCCCGACGGCAUGGCUCCGGCACUGACGUUACCCGCCUCCGCUUUCUCCUCGGACGGCAAACGGAGCAAAGGUCGGCCGCCGGGUUCCGGCAAGCACCAGCUCCUCGCCGCUCUCGGAGAGUGGUUUGCGUGCUCAGCAGGAGGAAAUUUUACACCCCAUGUAGUCACUAUUUCCGCCGGCGAGGAUGCUGCCGCAAGGAUACUUUCCUUCUCGCAAAAGGGACCAAGAUCCAUCUGCAUUCUCUCUGCCAACGGAGCCAUCUCCAAUGUCACCUUAAGGCAACCUGGUUCUUCCGGCGGCACCCUGACUUACGAGGUAAUUGAGCCCAAAACCUCUUUUAUCUUCCAUUUGAAUCUUAAUCUUGCUCGUGCACACGAACAGGGCCGGUUUGAGAUCCUGUCGCUCUCGGGAUCCUUCACGCUCACUGCGAACGGCGGCGGCGUCCGCAGUAGAACCGGCGGGAUUAGCGUCUCGCUCGCCGGCCCCGAUGGCCGUGUCAUCGGCGGAGGCGUCGCUGGGUCGCUGCUCGCAGCGAGUCCAAUUCAAGUGGUGGUCGGAAGCUUCACGCCCAACACUUUUUCCAAGGAUCAAAAGCCGAAACCCGCGCCGCUGCAAACUCCUCCAGCAAUGCCCGCGAGGCCGAUUUCGCAGGCCAGCCCCCAAGACGACUGCGAGAUGUCCACCUCGUCGGCGGCGUUGCCCGUCGAGCCCCCAUACGGAAGCACGGCGGACCCCAGUACUCCAGACCCUGCUCUUCGCGCCGCCAGUUGGCACGGCCUGCAGUCGUCGGAGCACGAUCCCUCGCCGGAUAUCAACGUACGUUUGCAUGGAGAGUACUGACUGACACAAAGUCUGAUGAUUCCGCUAGAAAAUGCAUUAGGUUAACGAUGGGAUCAUGUUUUACGAUAAGCAUCCAAUCGAGACGACAAUGUCGUUCGUGAUGAAAGGAAUUUACGACGGCGGAUGAUUUGGAGAAAAAGAAAAAGGAGAAGAGAAAGUAAUAACUUCAAUUCAAUUCACAGGCAGUUAGUCAUGUGUAUCUCUGUCUACUCACCUAUUUCUUGCAAAGAAUAUUAAUGCAGGCAGCAGCAGCUUUAUUAUCAA